CAAACGAUACUACUGUAGGUACAAAUCUGUUUGAGAAACGCACGUGCUGUCGUUUCUUAAGCAUAAGUAAGAAUUAGCUUUAAAUGUCAGCUUUUGAACUAAAGUUCUCUUGUUUUCCGUGAAAGCCAUCCAACCGGAUUCUAAAUCUCUUGUCAAAUGAGACAGCUCUUUCUUAGCGCACUAUGUUUCUUUCAUCAAGUACAAGAACGAGACGCGUCAAGGCGAUGAAGAAAAAAUGUAAGAAUUUGAUGAUCACAUCCGGAUAGUUAUGAAAAUUUGAUUAUUUAAGUUUCCACACACCAAAUACAACAUCAUUCAAGCUUGUGUCCGACAUGCUAAAGGUUCGAGUGCUCGAGCUCUUGAAGAUCAUAUUAUAUUUUGUCAUUAUUUUUCUCCUAUUUUAUCAAGUCUACCUGUGCUUCGAAAAUUAUCUCGCUUAUCCCAAGUAUAUCUCAACCAAAGUCGUGGAUCAAAGAGACACUGUUUUUCCGGAUGUUACCAUCUGCCCAAAUGAUACUACAUUCAAACUGGACCAAUUCUUUCAUUUUUUCCAUGAGAGAUAUAACGAAGCCAGAUUGGAUGGCAUACCUUCACAACGUUAUAGGAAUGCAACCUUAAGUCGAGCUUUCAAGAAAACUGAGACACGUGGAUGGGAGGGAUGCUUCACAUUUUCCAGAGCCGAACGACAUCAACAACUGGGAAUCUAUUACCUGCGGUUCUAUUACCGAAACGCUAAGGUGGAAUUAUACGUGCAUUUUCCUGGUCGCCUUGGGGAGAACCAGCAAAUGCCCAAUGAAGUGACUCCAGGCCAAAUUCGACAAUUCCAAGUGAUGUAUCAAGACACUCACUUACAACCUAUCCACUUUUUUAACGGAUCCAAGUCAUGUUGGGAAAUCGGAGAUGAAGAUCAAAAAGGCACACCUUGUCGCUCCUUGGAAAUCAUUUUGGGCAAAAGCAACGAUGAGAUCAGGGCAAAUCGAUUGCCCAAUCGAAGUGAACAAUACCUAUAUUUCAUGCCUUAUGUUCUAAAACAUGAGGAAAAAUUCGCCUAUUCCUUUUUGAGAUUUGCAUCUGAUGUUGGCGGAUAUUCUGGUAUUCUGACUGGCAUGUCUUUGCUUCAUGGACUGGCAGGCUUUAGAACCUUGGUCAGGAAAACCGUUCAGUAGCCUUAACACUUCCAACAACACACUGUAAAGAGGUCAUGUUGGAUUUUUACAUUAUUCUUGUUUUUAAUGACAAAUGUUUUUUUUUCAUGAACAAUUGAUGUUCUUGGAUGCGAGAGAAGAAGCUCUGAUGGGAAACGAAGCACAAUCAUUAAUCUAUGUAGUUGUUGUUAUUGUUGUUAAAUAAAGAAAAUGAAGGCUGA